AAUCUAAAACCUUUUCUAUCUAUCUCAUUUGUUUACAACCUUUAAAGUUGUAACUUGUAAGAAACCCGACACCCAUGUCACACUGGAGCAUCGAGGAACCCAGUUUUCAAGCUUUUCUGGAAAUGGGUUCUUCAGUUCAUCCUCAAUAAAGCAUCCAAGGUACGAUUAUUUCGUGUGUGUUUUUGGUUUUGAUUGAGAGGAUUAAUAAAAGAGAGGGGAAACAAGUUGCCCUUUAUGGUUAUUAUAAUGAGGGACUUUCCUUCUUGUUUUGGAGAAAACGGUGUUCAAGUAGCCGGUUCAUCGUCUUCGACUGCACCUAAAGCUGCUCAAAACUUGGUGACUUGUGUUUAUCAGUGUAAACUUCAAGGUCAUUCUUGCUUAAUCACGGUUACAUGGAACAAGAAUCUGAUGGGUCAAGGCCUUGGUGUUUCAAUCGAUGAUUCAGCCAAUCAGUGUUUGUGUAAGGUUGACAUAAAGCCCUGGUUGUUCUCCAAGAGAAAAGGAUCGAAGAAUUUACAUGUAUAUUCUGGGAAAGUUGAUAUAUGUUGGGAUUUGUCUAAUGCCAGAUUUGGUUCUGGACCAGAACCAGUUGAAGGAUAUUACCUUGCUAUUGCAUUUGACCAGGAAUUGGUGUUGCUCCUUGGGGAUUUGAAAAAAGAAGCACACAAGAAGGUUGACAUUAGAACUCCUCUCGACUCCGAUGCCGUUUUGGUUGCCAAGAGAGAGCAUAUUUUUGGGAAGAAGUUUUAUGGAGCCAAGGCUCAAUUUUGGGACAAGGGGCUGAUUCACGAUGUCGUGAUCGAGUGCAACACCGUCGAUCUUAAGGAUCCGUACCUUGUUAUCCGCAUCGAUAGUAAAAUGGUGAUGCAGGUCAAGAAGCUCAAGUGGAAGUUCCGUGGCAAUCAGACCAUUUUGGUCGAUGGACUUCCUGUACAAGUGUUCUGGGACGUGCACAAUUGGUUAUUCCGCAAUGCUACGAACAAUGCCGUUUUCAUGUUUCAAACUUGCGUCUGUGCGGAGAAAUCUGCAUUUGAUCCAUCUGUAUUGACAUGGUCUUGCUCUCAAAAGCUUAGAGAUCACCAAGUGCAGGGUCUCAGUUUUUCAUUAAUGUUAUAUGCUUGGAAGCAUGAAUAGAAGUGUAUUCUUUUUCCCAGAUUUAGGAAAUACUUUCUGCU